GGGCAGGGCUGGACUCUGAGGCCCCAGGCGAGACUUGAUGACUGAGGCGUGGCCAAAGAACCCCAGGGCGGGGCCCGAGGAGGGGCUCAGCUGUGCCCUGCCAGACAGAGCCCCGCGCGGCGCGGCAGCAGCUUCACUCUGGUUCAAGCGCAGGGGAUCGGCGGGAAGCUCCUUCACCCCCGCUUCUGCCGGGCUGUAACUGCAAUGGAUGGCGGAGGCGGCAGAUUACAGAGGUCUCUGGCACCACUGUUAACACCGGAACCACAGACUUCCUCCCCCAAAGCCCCGGUACCAGAUGCCAUUAAAAUUGCCCUCUUUGCUGCCCUCGUGGUGCUCGUGGUCGGCGUGGAGCAAGCAGCAGCACCAGCCCUUGGAAAGACAGGCCUCACCAUGCCAUGUCCAUCUGAUGGAAGCUGGUCCCACCAGCUCAGCCCCAGGACUCCUUUCUGCUACUGCAUUCAGGCAGCCAGAGCAGGGUGAGAGGAGCUCAGUCAGAUGGCCCCACGGCCCGCUCCUUUCUUAGCAGCCCACUAAUGCUCCAGAACCCUCAGGAGAAGAGCCAGGCCUACCUCCGCCGCCGCCGGCCUGGCUGCUACGCAUACCGUCAGAACCCCGAGGCCAUCGCAGCCGCAGCUAUGUACACCUUCCUGCCAGACAACUUCUCGCCUGCCAAGCCCAAGCCUUCCAAAGAGCUGAAGCCGUUGCUGGGCUCCGCGGUCCUGGGGCUGCUGCUUGUGCUGGCCGCGGUGGUGGCCUGGUGCUACUACAGCGUCUCCUUACGCAAGGCGGAACGACUUCGCGCAGAGCUGCUGGACCUGAAAGCUGGCGGCUUCUCCAUCCGCAACCAGAAGGGAGAGCAGGUCUUCCGCCUGGCCUUCCGCUCCGGCGUGCUGGACCUCGACUCCUGCAGCCGCGAUGGCGCCCUGCUGGGCUGCUCGCUCACGGCCGACGGGCGGCCGCUGCACUUCUUUAUCCAGACUGUGCGGCCCAAGGACACGGUCAUGUGCUAUCGCGUGCGCUGGGAGGAGGCAGCGCCGGGCCGGGCCGUGGAGCACGCCAUGUUCUUGGGCGACGCGGCGGCCCACUGGUAUGGUGGCGCCGAGAUGAGGACGCAACACUGGCCCAUCCGCCUGGAUGGCCAGCAGGAGCCCCAGCCGUUCGUCACCAGCGAUGUCUACUCCUCCGACGCCGCGUUUGGGGGCAUCCUCGAGCGCUACUGGCUAUCUUCGCGCGCGGCUGCCAUCAAAGUCAAUGACUCAGUGCCCUUCCACCUGGGCUGGAACAGCACGGAGCGCUCGCUGCGGCUUCAGGCGCGCUACCACGACACGCCCUACAAGCCACCCGCCGGCCGCGCCGCAGCGCCAGAGCUGAGCUACCGAGUGUGCGUGGGCUCGGAUGUCACCUCCAUCCACAAGUACAUGGUGCGCCGCUACUUCAACAAGCCUUCAAGGGUGCCAGCACCCGAGGCCUUCCGAGACCCCAUUUGGUCCACGUGGGCGCUGUACGGGCGCGCCGUGGACCAGGACAAGGUGCUGCGUUUUGCCCAACAGAUCCGCCAGCACCACUUCAACAGCAGCCACCUGGAAAUCGACGACAUGUACACACCUGCUUAUGGCGACUUCGACUUUGAUGAGGUCAAAUUCCCCAACGCCAGCGACAUGUUCCGCCGCCUCCGCGACGCCGGCUUCCACGUCACGCUCUGGGUGCACCCGUUUGUCAACUACAACUCGUCGCGCUUCGGCGAGGGCGUGGAGCGCGAGCUGUUCGUGCGCGAACCCACGGGCCGGUUACCCGCGCUGGUGCGCUGGUGGAACGGCAUCGGCGCGGUGCUCGACUUCACGCACCCAAAGGCCCGCGACUGGUUUCAGGGACACCUGCGGCGGCUGCGCUCUCGCUACUCCGUGGCUUCCUUCAAGUUCGACGCGGGUGAGGUCAGCUACCUGCCGCGGGACUUCAGCACCUACCGGCCGCUGCCGGACCCCAGCGUCUGGAGCCGGCGCUACACUGAGAUGGCGCUGCCCUUCUUCUCGCUGGCGGAGGUGCGCGUGGGCUACCAGUCACAGAACAUCUCCUGCUUCUUCCGCCUGGUGGAUCGCGACUCUGUGUGGGGCUACGACUUGGGGCUGCGCUCACUCAUCCCCGCAGUGCUCACUGUCAGCAUGCUGGGCUACCCAUUCAUCCUACCCGAUAUGGUGGGCGGCAACGCCGUGCCCCAGCGUACAGCCGGCGGCGAUGUGCCCGAGCGGGAGCUCUACAUUCGCUGGCUGGAAGUGGCCGCCUUUAUGCCUGCCAUGCAGUUCUCUAUCCCGCCCUGGCGCUACGACGCGGAAGUGGUGGCCAUCGCGCAGAAGUUCGCCGCCCUGCGGGCCUCGCUUGUGGCACCGCUGUUGCUUGAGCUGGCGGGCGAGGUCACCGACACGGGUGACCCUAUCGUGCGCCCCCUUUGGUGGAUUGCGCCCGGCGACGAGACAGCUCACCGCAUCGACUCGCAGUUCCUUAUUGGGGACACGCUGCUUGUGGCCCCGGUGCUGGAGCCGGGCAAGCAGGAGCGCGACGUCUAUUUGCCCGCCGGCAAGUGGCGCAGCUACAAGGGUGAGCUUUUCGACAAGACGCCGGUGCUGCUUACCGAUUACCCGGUCGACCUGGAUGAGAUCGCCUACUUUACCUGGGCAUCCUGACCCAGCCCAGGGCCCGGUAACUGCAAAGCCCCCAGCCUUCAUGCAGACCUUGAACCCUGCGUCACACUCGCACCAUGUACUCCCAGGAACCUCCACCUCUAUACCACCCAUUAAGUGGCUGCUGACUUAAAUGUGCUGGAACCAGCUGCCGAAGGUGGGGCCUGGGGAGGGGGAACUGAAGCAAUCUCCUGCUCCAACGCACAGUCCUUACUGUGCCCUUUCAACCCCCACACUCACACCAAUCUGCAGAAACCUCUUCCCUGGGGUGGAAGCCAGAGAGCUUAGAGGAAAAAGUGUGGAAAAUGCCUGAUGAAAGCUUUGGGGCCCUCACAGACGCACAACUCAAGUGCUGAUUCUAUCACUCAUCUACCAGCUCUGUGACCUUGAACAAGCUGCUUAACCUUGCUAAGCCUCUGUUUUCUCAUACGUCAAAUGGUGAUAAUAAUGCCUACCUCCCGAGGUUGUUGUAAGAAUUACAAGCACAAAUGUAUGUAAAGUGCCUGGCACAAAGUAGGUGCUCAAUAAAUGGUAGCUAUUAUAAUACUA